CUCCCCAAUCCACAGCUUCAGACUCAUUAUCAUUCUAUCAGAACUCCUUUGACCUUCCCCGUGUCUGGGUUUCCUCCAUAUUCUCCUCUUUUCCCCCCAGAUCUCUCCCCAUAUACUAGUGCCCCGUUGUUCAUACUUCGCCCCUCAUGCCCGGCGUCGAUAGGAAACCCAAGACCUUGUAUGACAAGGUCCUGGACCACCACAUCGUCAACGAGCAGGAAGAUGGUACUCUCCUGAUCUACAUCGACAGACACCUUGUCCACGAAGUCACAUCCCCUCAGGCCUUCGAGGGUCUCAAGAAUGCUGGUCGUAAAGUCCGCCGGCCGGACUGCACUCUGGUGACCGUUGAUCACAACAUCCCCACCUCCUCCCGGAAAAACUUCAAGAACGUUGACGAGUUCAUCGAAGAGAACGACUCGCGUCUGCAAUGUAGCACCCUCGAGGAGAAUGUGAAGGAUUUUGGUCUCACAUACUUUGGCAUGGGCGACAAGCGCCAGGGUAUCGUCCACAUCAUCGGCCCCGAGCAGGGGUUCACCCUUCCCGGCACUACCGUCGUCUGCGGUGAUAGUCACACCUCCACACACGGUGCCUUCGGUUCCCUUGCUUUCGGUAUCGGUACCAGCGAGGUCGAGCACGUCCUCGCUACCCAGACUCUCAUCACCCGCCGCAGCAAGAACAUGCGCAUCCAGGUCGACGGUGAGCUGCCCGCCGGUGUCACCAGCAAGGAUGUCGUUCUUCACAUCAUUGGUGUUAUUGGUACUGCCGGAGGUACCGGUGCUGUCAUCGAGUUCUGCGGUUCCGUCAUCCGCGGCCUGAGCAUGGAGGCCCGUAUGUCCAUGUGCAACAUGUCCAUCGAGGCUGGUGCCCGUGCCGGUAUGAUCGCCCCCGAUGAGAUCACCUUCGAGUACCUCAAGGGUCGUCCCCUGGCCCCCAAGGUCGACAGCGCCGAGUGGAAGAAGGCCGUCAACUACUGGUCCAGCCUGGCCUCCGACGAGGAUGCCGUUUACGACACUACCGUCCUGCUCGACGGCAAGGACAUCAUCCCUACCAUCUCCUGGGGUACCUCCCCUCAGGACGUCAUCCCUAUCAACGGCGUCGUUCCUGGCCCCGAUGACUUCGAGGAUGAGAACCGCAAGCUCGCCUGCAAGCGCGCCCUGGAGUACAUGGGCCUGACUGCCGGUACCCCCAUGAAGGAUAUCCCGGUUGACAAGGUCUUCAUCGGUUCUUGCACUAACGCCCGUAUUGAGGAUCUCCGCGCCGCCGCCAAGGUUGUCCGGGGCAAGAAGAUCGCCUCCAACAUCAAGCGUGCCAUGAUCGUUCCCGGUUCCGGUCUGGUCAAGGAGCAGGCCGAGGCUGAAGGUCUCGACAAGAUCUUUACCGAUGCCGGAUUCGAAUGGAGAGAGGCUGGCUGCUCCAUGUGUCUCGGUAUGAACCCUGACAUCCUCUCUCCGCAGGAGCGCUGCGCUAGUACCUCCAACCGCAACUUCGAGGGUCGCCAAGGUGCCGGCGGUCGUACCCACCUGAUGUCCCCCGCCAUGGCCGCCGCCGCCGCUAUCGUCGGUAAGCUCGCCGAUGUCCGGGAACACGUCGUGAGCAGCCCGGUCCUGGGCAAGGUUCAGCCCAAGGUCGACGUCCAGCAGACGUACGAGGAGCCCGAGACCGAAGACGAGCUUGAGCGGAUCAUGGACCUUCCUGCCGACAACGAGCCCCACACGAACUCCUCCGCCGGCGGCUCCAGCGCCGGCCUUCCCAAGUUCACAACCCUCAAGGGCAUUGCUGCCCCCAUGGACCGCUCCAACGUCGACACCGAUGCCAUCAUUCCCAAGCAAUUCCUCAAGACCAUCAAGCGUACCGGCCUCGGCAGCGCCCUCUUCUACGAGCUCCGCUACAAGGACGGUGCCGAAAACCCUGACUUUGUCCUCAACCAGGGCAUCUACCGCAACUCCAAGAUCCUUGUGGUUACUGGCCCCAACUUCGGAUGCGGCAGUUCUCGUGAACACGCGCCCUGGGCUCUCCUGGACUUCGGCAUCAAGUGUGUCAUUGCUCCCUCGUUCGCCGAUAUCUUCUUCAACAACACCUUCAAGAACGGCAUGCUCCCCGUCGUGAUCUCCGACGAGGCUGCUUUGCAGAAGAUCGCCGCCGAGGCCCACGCCGGCCGCGAGGUUGAAAUCGACCUCGUCAACCAGGAGAUCAAGGAUACACAGGGUGCCAAGCUGGCUUCCUUCGAUGUCGACGGCUUUCGCAAGCACUGCCUGAUCAACGGUCUCGACGAUAUCGGUCUGACUCUCCAGAUGGAGGACAAGAUCCGCACCUUCGAGACCAAGCGUACCCUCGAGACUCCCUGGCUCGAUGGUAGCGGCUACCUGAAGCGUGGCAACUGUGGUGGCGCAACCAUGGUUCAGGCCGCACCGGUGCCCAAGACGAAUCGGGGUGAUGUCAAGACGGAGCCUUUGGAGUGGUAGGGUAGACGGGGGUGUUGAAGAUGCCUUUUGAACGUUGUUGUUGAUAUGACACCAUAAUGCAGCCGGUUUGCUGGGACGUGUUUCAUUUUGCUUACUUGAUUUCGGUUAUAUAUCACUUCGUUUUGGGGGAAAUGGAUUGACUGGACUAUGGUAUGACUUCUUUGCUUUGGAAUGGGACAGGGGCGAGCACAAUACCACGUGAUAUGCUAAUAGAGUGAAGAGGAGGGUGAAAAGAAGUAUUUCAUAACUUGAUGGCUACGGGUC